AAAAGUAAAUGUUUCUCUUUGUCUGUGAGUGAAUAAUAAACAGUCGGUCAGGCGAAAUGGAGGGCAGCGUGUCCAAGAACGGGACUGCAAUAGCACCAGAGCUGUACUUCCUAAUUGCCAAAUUCUUGGCGGCGGGGCCUUGUCGCGAGACCGCUGAGGUGUUGAAGCGUGAAUUGGAGCGAGCUAAGGUUUUGCCGCAAAGGAUAGAUUGGGAAGGGCACGUGCACAGUCAAACAUUCGAGGAGUUGGAAAAGAAGUAUCCUCACAUUGGACCAGACCAUUUAUUACAAAUAUGUGGAAGAAUUGGUCCAGUAUUAGAAAAGGAGGUACCUCCUUGUAUACCAGGAGCAAUAUCUCUUCUUGGAGCAGGCAGACAAUCUUUAUUACGUACACACGAAGAUGUCUUACGUCGGGUGCGUGGCAUCGUUUAUUAUUCUGGAAGAAUAGGUGGAAAACCCUUUAUGGAAUUAUCUUAUGGCUCAUCAGUGCCUAACAUAGUACGUGCACUUCAAGGAAGGGAAAAUUCAGGUCCUUUAAGUAGACGAGAGGCAAUACUGACGAAGUUCUAUAAUAGAAUGCAAUUGUAUAGACAUACACUAGGACAUUUAUCUGCAGUGUAUUGUGUUCUUUUUGACCGCACUGGCAAGUACAUAAUAACUGGUGCAGAUGAUUUACUUGUUAAAGUAUGGAGUUCUAUUGAUGGACGAUUAUUAGCUACUUUUCGAGGUGCGUCAGCUGAAAUUAUGGAUAUUGCAGUCAAUUUUGACAACAGCCUACUUGCUGCUGCCAGUCUAGAUAGAAUAUUAAGAGUUUGGUGUUUUCAAACAAUGUCCCCAGUAGCAGUUUUAUCUGGACAUUCUGGUAUGAUUACAUCUGUGAAUUUUUGUCCUAUAUCCUGCAAUGGUGUGUUCUAUUUGGUUUCAACAAGUACAGAUGGGUCUGUUGCGUUUUGGUCUCAUAUUAAAAAAAUGAAUGAGAGAGCAGUGUUUCAGCCAAAACCGAUUCAGUACCACGAAAAAAUGCGCCCUGGUCAAGCACAAAUGAUUUCAGCAGAUCAUCAUGUUAGGGUAUAUACAAUGUUAGGAGACGAAGGUCCACGUAGAGUUUUAGAGGUUGAAUCACAUUCUGAUACAGUUGAUAGUAUACAAUGGGCACAUAGUGGUUUAAAGUUCAUUUCCGGUUCAAAAGAUGGUACUGCAAACGUGUGGCACUUUGAACAGCAACAGUGGAUGUAUAAACGUCUGUUGAUGACCACAAAGCUUCCUGGAGAAUCAGAUGCAGAAGAUGAUUCUAACAAAAAGGCUAAAGUAACCAUGGUUAGUUGGGACGUGAGUGACGAAUGGGUUAUCACAGCUGUAAACGAUAGUUCGCUCAAAGUAUGGAAUGCAAAAACAUGCGAACUGGUGAAGGUUCUUCGUGGACACAAAGAUGAAGUUUUUGUGUUAGAAUCUCAUCCAAUAGAUCCUCGUGUUAUAUUAAGUGCUGGACACGAUGGACAACUUAUAAUUUGGGAUGUAUUGAAGACAGAACCAAUAGCCUGUUUCCAAAAUUUUAUUGAAGGACAAGGUAAUGGUGCUGUUUUUGAUGCAAAAUGGUCCCCAGAUGGAAAUAUGCUUGCAGCAACAGAUUCUCAUGGACAUCUUUUGAUAUAUGGAUUUGGAUCGGGUGUUGAGAAACUUAAAAUAAUACCAAAAGAAUUAUUUUUCCAUACGGAUUAUAGACCACUAAUACGAGAUGCAAAUAAUUAUGUUUUGGACGAACAAACACAGACAGCACCACAUUUAAUGCCUCCACCAUUUUUGGUGGAUGUAGAUGGAAAUCCUUAUCCACCAGAAUUGCAAAGAUUAGUUCCUGGAAGAGAAAACUGUAGAGGGGAGCAGUUAGUACCAAAUAUUGCAGUAGGUGCUGGAGGAAUGCAGGAAGUUAUCGAAGGUCUUCCAACUCAAGAACCACGAUCCAAUAUUGAUCAAUUAAUUGAAGCUCUUGCACAAAGACAGAAUAUUAAUGUUGAGAGAGAAGGUGGUGGUGAUGAUAGAGAAGAAAAUAUAAUGGAGCAACCAAUUCGUCAAAUGGCUAGUCCUCGAGGAAGUAGAUCGGGUUUAAGAAGAGUCGGUGAUGUCGAAGGUGUACGACAAAGUAGUGGUAAUUGGCAAAGAGAUAAUACUACACCCUGGAAUAAACCUAUUCUUGCUCGACCCAUGAAUCCAGCUGUUAGGGAAACGCAAUACAGAGCUAUACAUGCAAUGGCAGAAAUGGAACUUGACAGUUGGAGACGUGAAAUGCGAAGAAGACCACAGCCAGUGUCCAGUACUGCUAACACUGAAGGUAACAUCGGUAGCCGACUAGCCAAUCGGAAACGCAACAGGACUGCUAGGCAUGGGUAUAGAACUAGGGCCACACGUGGUGAAGAACACGAGGAUGAAGAGUUUGAGAAUCCUGAUCAUGGAGGAACUACGGGAAGUUCAGCCAGUAGCAAUAGCAACGACUCCACGGCUCAUGAAGAAGACUUGUGUUCUGACAGUUCCACAUCAGAAUCUAGUACUGAAUAUUCAGAUUGGAUUGCUGAUCAUGGUUUGAAUCUAGAACCACCUAAAAGAAGUAAACGUAAACCCGUAAAAAAGCAAUCUCUUACACCGCCAAGUGACACAGAUAGAAGACGAAGUCGACGUCCUAAGAAGAAGGCCGUGCCAAUGGCUAAUGGUAUUGACGAAAUCCCAGAAGUUUUUAGACCAACUGAAUGGCUUACUGAAGUAAUACCAAGAAAAGCUCCUUACUAUCCACAAAUGGGUGACGAAAUAGUAUAUUUUCGACAAGGGCAUCAAUUUUAUUUAGAUGCUGUUAGAAAUAAGAAAGUGUACGAACUUAGUCCACGAUGUGAACCAUGGAAUAAAGUCAAUAUAAGAGCACAAGAAUUUGUGAAAGUAGUGGGUAUUAAGUACGAAAUUCGUCCACCUCGGUUAUGCUGUUUAAAAUUGGCGUUAAUGGACGAAGAUGGUCGAUUAACAGGAGAAAAUUUCACCAUUAAGUAUCACGAUAUGGCUGAUGUAUUGGAUUUCUUAGUCCUACGUCAGACAUUUGAUACAGCUUUAGCACGCAGCUGGUCCGAAGGUGAUCGGUUUCGUUGUAUGAUCGAUGACGGCUGGUGGAUGGGCCAAAUACAGUCAAUGGAACCUUUAGAUGAAGAUUUCCCAGAGUCAUUCUUCAUGUGCUUUCGCGUCAGAUGGGAUAAUGGCGAGUAUGAGAGGAUGAGUCCCUGGGAUCUUGAACCAAUUGACGAAAAUAGACUUCCUGCAGAACUUGGAGGAGCCGUUCCUGUACUUCCGGAAGAGAUACAAACAAUAUUGUAUCAGCCUCAAGCAGAAGAAUGGCCUAUGGGAGAUAGAGAAGCAACAUGUCGCAGGAUUAUACGUGGAUUAGAUCAAGUUAUGAGCCUUGCAAUUGCAGAACCUUUUAUGGCGCCUGUUGAUCUCAACACUUACCCUGCGUACGCGUUUUUUGUGGAGUAUCCCAUUGAUUUGUCAACCAUAAAGGCCCGUUUUGAUAACCAUUUCUAUCGAAGGAUUACGUCCGCACAAUUUGACGUUAGAUAUUUAGCAACAAAUGCAGAACAAUUUAACGAACCACAUAGUCAAAUAGUGAAACAAGCGAGAAUAGUUACUGACUUAUGUCUACGUAUUAUAAAAGAAACUACAGAACUGGAUGUACCAGCUGUUUAUCAUCAAUUGGUAGACACUUAUCAUUCGUCUGAUUCAGAGGUUGAUAUGGAGGAUGUAAAAGACAGGCCUUCAACCAGUACUCAGAGAGCAACUACAAGUAGGAGUUUACGAUCACAAGAAGUAUCAAACGAUUGGCAGGUAGCUUGCCGACAAUUGUUAGAAAUGCUAUGGCAAUGCGAAGAUUCGAUUCCCUUCAGGGAACCAGUCGACAGAUUAGAACAUCCUGAUUAUCAUCAGAUUAUCGAUACACCAAUGGAUUUACGAACAGUAAAAGAAGAUUUAUUAGGGGGUAACUAUGAAACUCCCUUGGAAUUCGCCAAAGAUAUGAAAUUAAUAUUUACAAAUAGCAGAAAUUACAAUACCAACAAACGAUCAAGGAUAUAUUCAAUGACAAUAAGACUAUCAGCCAUGUUUGAAGAACAUAUGCGGAAAAUUGUUUCAAACUGGAAAUCUGCCAGAAGACGUAAUAAUAAUAAUAAUAGAUCAAAUGCAAAAGGGAAAGGAAAGAAGGGUAAAUCAAGAGUUCGGUUAUCAAAUGGUACCGGACCCCCAAAAUCAAAAUCCACGCGUACAGAUGAUGACGACGACGACGACGACGACGAUGUAAAUAGUGAAGACGAUGAUGAAGAUGUCGAGGAACCUGCGAAGAAAAAUAAUUCUAAUGUUGUCGAACCAGGACCAUCGCGUAUGACAAACGGCCAUAUGAAACGAACUACUAAUUCUUCACGUAUGUUGAAGCUACGAAUUUCCAGAGCUCUUGUGUCUAAAAAGACAAAAGAAAGUGAAAGUGAAGCCAGUGAAUCAGAUGCUUCCAUAGAUAGUGAAAGUAGUGGUAGUGUACCAGUAAGAAGGACACGAGGAAGAAAGACAGUAGCUAGUGCUAGUACCGACAGUGAUUCUGGAGAAGUAUAUACACCGAAUAGUCGUGAAAAGCAAACUCGAAAAAAUCGCACGAAAAAUAGUAAGACAAGCAAGCAAGUAAAAUCUAAGUCGAAGGCAUUUGUUGCUGCUGCUGUGGAUGAUGAUGACGACGACGACGAUGAUGACGAAGACGAGAAAGAUGAACGAUUUGUUGCGCCCGAGUCAUCGGACGAAGAAAGCGAAGAAGAAGUUAUUAACAGAAGUAGCACGAGAUCACGGAAGCUAGCAUCUGCAUCAGAACAUGAAGAUAGUAUCACAAAAAAUGGAAAAAACAACGAAAGUCAAAGCGAAGAAGAUGAAGAUGUUGAAGACAAAGAGGAGGAGGAGGGGGAGGAGGAGGAUAAAGAAGAACAAUCUCAACGUAAUCAAGAUUCGGACAGCGAUGAUUCAGAUACGGUUUUUGCGCCAUCUAGAUCGCUAAGAAGAGUUCGCGGAGCAAGGGACGCUCAUGUGCAGGAUGGUACACAAAACACGAGAAGAACUACGAAACGUCCUCGUUACAAUGAAGAAAGUGACGAAAGCAAUACAAUGCCGGUUAGAAACCGACGUAAAAUUAAACGUCAAUCUUAUGCAGAAAAUAGUGAUGAGAGUUUACCAGAACCUGAAAAUGUUCCAGGCAUUAGUAUAAGUAGUAGGGGACGUGUACGAAAAAUGACAGAAAAAGCACGAGCGUUUCUUGAAUUGACUCGAGAAUCACCCUAACAGCAUCUACUAUGCUAGUAAUAAAAGUAUAAAUUAUUGAUCUUUCAAAAAAAAAAAAGAAUGAUUCUUACAAUCGUUUAAGAAUACUGUAAAAAUUUUAAAUGUUAUUUGGUAAUAUUUGUUCUUUAAAA